UAAAGAUAAUUUCACCACGCUGUCUGUUGUGUUGAACAGCUUGUUUGUGCCUUUCCUGCAGAUGGAGGUGGAUGCAGACGAUAAGCGCCAUCGCACACGCUCCAAAGUGCCUGUGGAUCCAGCAUUGACAGAACUUUUCAGUGUGUACGGCUGCCCUUUGGCCAAGAAGCGGAAGGGUCUAGAUAGACAAACUUUGGAAACCUCUCCGAAGAGGAGCACCUACCUGGAUGACAUGGACAACUCCACCAUGGAGGAAUGCUACGAGACAGACGGGACAGAAGAGAUGGAUGACAGGGAAGAAGACGAGGAGGGGGCCGUUGAGGAGGAGGGAGAAGUGGAGGAGGAAGAGGAAGAUGUGGAGGGCUACAUGGACUAUAAUGUUGAACAAAUGGAGCAUGAAGACAGGGAGAAUGAGGAUAGAGGGGAGGGAGAGGAGGAAGAGGAGGUAGAGGUAGAGCAAGAUGAAGAAGAGGAAAGCGAGGAAGUGAGGGUAGAGGAGGCAGAGGAGGAGGAUGAAGCAAUAGAGGAGGUAGACUAUGAAGAAGGAGAAGAGGACGACGGAGAGCAGAAUCAACACCAAGAAGACGAUCAGAUGAGCACUGGCGAGGGGGGCGAGGACAAUGGCGGCGGCGCUGGAAAAUCUGGUCAUGCAGCAGAGAAGGAUGACAACAACAACGACGAGUACGAGAACUAUGAUGAGCUUGUGGCCAAGUCCCUCCUUAACUUGGGAAAGAUCGCAGAAGAUGCCGCCAAUCGGGCCAUGACGGAGUCCGAGAUGAACAGCAACUCAUCACACAGUGUCGAAGAUGAGGAGGAGGAGGAGGAGGAAGAGGAAGAAGAGGAGGAGGAUGACGAAGAGGAAGAUGAGGAGGAGGAGGAAGAGGAGGAGGAGGAAGAAGAAGAGGAGGAAGGGGAUGAUACACAACGAGAAGAUAUGAGUUUGGAUGUUGACAGUGAUGUGGUUAGAGAAACAGUGGACUCUCUGAAACUGCUGGCACAGGGUCAUGGCGCAGUUCUGUCUGACAGCUUAGAUGGACAGGAGUUUGAGAACGGAACAUCUGGUAAUGGGGAUGAAAACAACUGUUCUCAUAGUGGUGGAAAUGCACAUAAUGGUGGUCACCUAAGGACCUCCAGUAAUGGACAAAUGGAAAACAGUGAUGAGGAAGUGUGUUUAAGCAGUCUGGAGUGCCUAAGGAACCAGUGCUUUGACUUGGCUCGGAAACUAAGUGAAACAAAGCCUAACGAACGAAGUGGUCCAUCACAGCAAAAUCAUUAUUCAUGCGGGGACCCCAAUCAGCAGCCCCAGCAUCACAGCUAUGGAGAUUAUCACAGCAGCCAAAAUGACAGACAUAGUCUUGAUAGGAACUAUUCUGAUAUGGACAAUCUCAUGAAGCUUGAGGAGCAGCUAAGCCCACGCUCCAAGGCCUUCUCUAGCUGCGCACACGACGAGCGAUAUCACACCAACAACCAUCGGGACUUUGAUGAGGACACAGCCUCGGUGACCUCGGACCGAUCCGAGGAAGUGUUUGACAUGACAAAGGGGAAUCUGUCCCUGCUGGAGAAAGCAAUUGCACUAGAGUCGGAGCGUGCCAAGGCGAUGCGGGAUAAAAUGGCAGCUGAGGCAGCCAGAAGAGACGGGGUCAGGUACACCCAUGAAGAGCACGGCCCACGGCACGGUUACAGUGUGGAGCGCAAAGCCCGGCUUCCUGACGGCAUGAAGAAGCCAUUCUUCCAUAAAGAUGUUUCCCGCGCAGACAAGAAGGAGAGCCGGUGUCCGACGCCGGGCUGUGACGGCACGGGUCACGUAACAGGCCUGUACCCCCACCACCGCAGCCUGUCAGGCUGUCCGCACAAAGACAGGGUGCCGCCGGAAAUUGUGGCAAUGUAUGAGAAUGUUCUUAAGUGUCCUACGCCCGGCUGCACGGGACGCGGCCAUGUCAAUAGCAACAGAAACUCUCACAGAAGUCUGUCUGGAUGUCCGAUUGCUGCAGCUGAGAAGCUCGCAAAAGCUCAAGAGAAGCAUCAGAGCUGCAAUGGUCCCAAGUCCAACCAAGCCUCUGACAGAGUCUUAAGGCCUAUGUGCUUUGUCAAACAACUGGACUAUCCACAGUAUGGUUACAAGAACAAUGUCUCCACCAGCACGCCCCGCUCCAACCUGGCCAAGGAACUGGAGAAGUACUCCAAGACCAGCUUCGACUACAGCGCUUUUGAUGGCAGCAACAACCACCAAGUGUAUGGGAAGCGGGCCAUUGCACCCAAAGUUCACGGGCACAGGGAUACAUCCCCCGAAGGAUAUGAUGCCAAACGAUACUGCAAGAACUCCAGCUCAGCCAGCAGCACCACCAGCACCUAUGCCCCCAGCAGCAGCAACAGCAGCCUGAGCUGUGGUGGUGGAGGAGGGGGCACAGGAGGAGGAGGUGGGGGCAGUAGCGCCAGCAGCACAUGCAGCAAAAGCAGCUUUGACUACAGCCAUGACAUGGAGGCCGCCCACAUGGCAGCGACUGCUAUCCUCAAUCUUUCCACACGUUGCCGGGAGAUGCCUCAUGGACUGGGUGGAAAACCGCAGGACUUGUGCUCACAGAGCCCCGGUCUAGAUGUUGAUGAGAAUGGUACGUUGGACCUGAGUAUGGGCAAGAGUCUGUGCGGCGGUGGCGCGGGGGACUCGGUACUCACCCCGCUAGAGCCCAUGUCCCCCCAGAGGCAAGCUGCCCUGCUGGGCUCCCGCUGCUACGGCAUGGGGGAUGCUGCAGACUGCUGGGACCUUCCUGUAGACUACACCAAGAUCAAACACAUAGACGAGGACGAGAAAGAGCCCGAUGAUCUGGACCCCUUCCAUGACCUGCUGGAGGAUCGCUCCUACACCACUGAUGUAAACAUGCCAAGCCCCAAGCCCAAGUAUGCGCAGUGCAAAGAGAGUAAGAAGGACCUGAUAACUCUCUCAGGUUGUCCUUUGGCUGAUAAAAGCAUUCGAAGCAUGCUGGCAAACAAUGCACAAGAACUCAAGUGUCCGACACCAGGGUGUGAUGGUUCGGGACAUAUCACUGGUAACUACGCUUCCCACAGAAGGUACAUCUCAGAGACACAACAUACAUCUCAGCAAACCUAUUUCAGCCAUGUAACUCUGUUAUUUGUCUGCAGUCUUUCAGGGUGUCCGCGGGCCAGGAAAAGUGGGAUAAAGAUCAUCCACAGUAAAGAGAAUAAGGAGGACCAGGAGCCCAUCAGGUGUCCGGUCCCAGGCUGUGACGGUCAGGGACAUGUGACGGGAAAAUACGCAUCCCACAGAAGUGCUUCAGGAUGCCCCAUAGCAGCCAAGAGGCAAAAAGAUGGCUACCUGAAUGGAAUUCAGUUUACAUGGAAGUCUGGAAAGACAGAGGGCAUGUCCUGUCCAACCCCAGGCUGCGACGGUUCGGGGCAUGUUAGCGGCAGCUUCCUGACACACAGAAGUCUGUCGGGUUGUCCGCGUGCCACCUCCGCCAUGAGGAAAGCCAGGCUCUCGGGAGUGGAAAUGCUAACAAUAAAGCACCAGCGUGCCAGCAACGGGCUGGAGCAUGACGAGGAGAUCAAGCAGCUGGAUGAUGAAAUCAAAGAUUUAAGUGAAUCGAAUUCACAAGUGGAGGCAGAUAUGAUCAAACUCAGAACACAGAUCACCACAAUGGAGACCAACUUGAAGUCCAUAGAGGAGGAAAACAAGGUGAUUGAACAGCAAAAUGAAUCUCUGCUGCAUGAGCUGGCCAACCUCAGCCACUCACUGAUUAACAGUUUAGCUAAUGUCCAGCUCCCUCAUAUGAAACCCCUGGCAGAAAAAGAGCUUCCUCUAAGGACUAACAGCUGCUUACAGAUGCACCAGCAGGAGUCAUUGAGUGACCAGAACUUUGACGCCUACGUCACGACUCUGACCGAUAUCUACACAAACCAAGAGCAGUACCAGAGCGCGGAAAACAAAGCUCUGCUGGAAAACAUCAAGCAAGCAGUUCAAGGGAUUCAAGUGUAGCAUCUCAGUAAAAAGGGAGACGUUGUCCCCCCGCCCACCCGACAGGAAGAGACAUAGGCAGUGACGGUUUGACCUCCUCGGUUCAGUGCAGUAAUUUGAUAUAGUGUUAUAUAUAUUCUGAAUUCUGUUCUUUGGAGAAAAAAAGAGGUAUUAUGCUUAAAAAGACCUCAAGAUGCUUUCUUUCUCUCUUUUUUUUGUUUUUGGGGGCUUGUUUUUGAGGAAGAACAUAAAGGAGUAAAUUGCAAAAUAGUUUUUGAAGACAUUUACAUUUUGUACGUUUUCAUAUGAGCUGACAUAGUGUCAUGCAAUGUUUCUAGCUGCUCAUGUAUGCACAUUUUAGUGUAUAUUUCUGAACAGUAAGCUAAAACAGAGGUUCUUUUUAUCGAUCGACAAAGCAAAGAGUUUCAGAUGAAUAAAAGAGCAGACGGUGAAAAAACAAGGGGGAAAAAAACUACAAUCAAGGAAGAAGUCUUUUUGUUUCCUGAUGGAUGAUUCUGGACUUGAUGAACUGAGAUUUUCCCUUCUUUAUCUUCUUCUUCCUGUGUGUAGAUUGUCAAAAAGCAAGAACUGGUUUGCGAAUUGCUUUAUUUUCUAAAAAAAAAAAAAAAAGAGGAAAAAAAAGGAAAAAUGCUUGAGAAUCAUUUGUGCUUUGUUAUGACGAAGAGUAAAGAUGUGUCGCUGUAGGUGGGGCCAUUUUUAAUCAGUGCUGUAAAUGAAUUCUGGGGAAGAGAAUUACCUGAUGUCUGUAUGAAUGUAUGAAGUUCUAUUGUAAACAUCAUUACACGGAAACCGGAUGGUGGAAAUCCCCUCCCCCUCAUCACUGUAUCUAGCAGAGCCAGUUUGCAUGUUCUCAUGCUCAUUUCUAAAUUUGAGAUAGAAAUAUGUGUAAAGACAAUGACCUUUAGAGGCAAGAUUUUAGCCUUUUUUAAGAAUCAAAUCGGAUCAGUGAUAUGUUGCUAGGAUCAUGGAAUAUCUCAGCAAUAUAAAAACAAAAUCAUUUGUUUAAAGAGAGGUAUACACGAUGCAAUCUGCAAAAGGAAAAAAAAAAAAAAGGUUGGGUAUAUGCAAUCUUGUUUAUAAGCAUAGCCGGGUAACAUGAAUCUUUUUAAUAUAGCCUAUGUAAAAUAUUGAUUUUUAUACAAAUCUUUUAAUACAAAAUUACUUUUUUUAAAAGAGGAGGAAACCUGGACAUUGAGUUUUAGGAGCAAAAAAUAUAUGAGUUGGACUUUUUUUUUUUUUUCUGUACGACUUUGCACAGGGACACCUUCGUUUCCAUGUUUUGAUGUUCUUACAGAAACUAAACGCAGUUAUUCGAGAGCCUGGAAGAGAAAAGGUUUUGUAGAGAGUAUUUAUAGAGAGCGGGACUUACAGGGUCGCUGUCCCCACUUAUGUGCCAGUAGACUAUUUGCACUUCUCCUUGAAGAUAUUAUCCUUACGUAUGGCGGCGUGCAAUUUUUUUUCCCAGGUGACCUCUUCGGCACACGAUGGGAGCAACCAAGCGCUUGGAGCCACUGCAGAUGUGGAUUUCAUCCCACUGAGAGCAAAAAAAAAGAGGAGGAACAGGAACUCUGAAAUCAAUUGAAAGGAUGAUUAUAACCUUAGCAGUUAUAUUUUAGGCUGUUAUCAAGUGUAAAAACAUUACAGUUCUUUCAUUUUUUUUUUUUACUACAUUCUAGGAAGAUGAAGUUAUCCCCCCCCCAGCAGCACUUUAUGUCUAAUCACUGUACAGAGGAUUAAAUAGUCAAUCAGUUCAAGGUUUGUAAAAGAAACACAAAAAAAAAAAUAAACAGAGGAGGUAAAAGCUUGGAGACCUUCACAGAGUAAGAGUACGCAGCCCUUCAUUUUGUCACCGUAGUUGUUAGAGAUCAUGUUCAGAAUUUGCCUUUUCGAGAGCUAAUGCAAAAAGGUGCUCGUGGUUCACCUGACUGAAUCUCAUUUAUUGUACUUUACGAGUCCUCGUUCAGGACUCUUCUACCCAUCAUCCAUGACUGCAUAUGCCUUUUUCUACACAGCAUCUUGUCUGCAGCUUUUUGCCAAUAUAGUAACGCUUCAGUAGAGCUAUAGCUAGUACCAGUUUUUAAAUUAAUUCUCAUUAACAGUGAAAAAUGGACAAAGGGACUAAAGCACAAACCAGCUGCUCAUCCGAUGUUGGUACACAAGAGGUUUGUCACAUAUUUAGAAUGCUGAAUUUUCAUAUCAGUUAUUGUGAAUUCUUUAGAGUUCAUUACGAGCCGAAUCAUUUCGAGGUUGAUUUCAGCUGCCAUUAACAAAGACAGGAUUUUGUAUAAACUAUUGUGCUCUCUCUGUGGAACUGAAGUUUGAUUUAUUUUUGUACUACACAGCAUGGAUUUGUUGACAUUUUAAUUUUGCUAUAAAUGUGUGAGAUCACAAGUUGCUGUGAUAUUUCAUUUAUAAAUUGUGAACUUUGUACAAUUUUUGUCAUGCUGGAUGUUGACACAUCUUACUCAGAAUAAAAAAAUGUGUUGCCGGAGGCCCGAAAA